AUGAGUAAAAGAAACCAAAAGAGAAUUGAGCAUGAGUUGAAGGACUUGAUCAAUGACAGAUCAAACGCCAAUAAGUGUGGUGAAUGUGGUGCUGGGUUUCCGACAUGGGCUAGUGUCAAUCUUGGUGUGUUCUUAUGUGGUAGAUGUGCUUCCUUACAUAGGAAACUAGGAGAAGAUGUUUCAUUUGUGAAGAGUUUGUCGUUAGAUAAAUGGGAUGAAGAAGAUUUAGAUAGCUUAUCCAGAAUUGGUAAUAAGAAAGCUAAACAAAUUUGGAAUCCAAAAAAGGUACCAUUCCCAUUUGAUGAUGAUGAUAAAGAUGAAAUUUAUCAAUAUUUGAGGCAAAAAUAUAUCCAGGGUAAAUUCCGUUAUGACCCAAUAGAUGAAGAUGAUUAUAACCUUCGCCCAAAAUCACGUUCCCACAAAUCAAGAUCAAGAUCCUCCACAGUGAAUUCAAGACCAAGUUCAAGACCAAGUGUCUCAAGCCGUUCAAUUCCAAGAUUAUCACAUAGAGACAUUUCAGAAUAUGAUAGAUUGAAACUUCGUAGUUUGGAGAAAAGGCUAGAAGAACAAGGUUUUACCAAUACUGAUGAUAAUUAUGAAAGUUUAUAUUUAGCUAAAGGUGAUUUCAACCUUGCAAUUGAUAUUUUAUCAAAUUCUGCAGCUGAUGAUCGUCCUGAAGCCAAACCAGCAUUACCAAGAAGGCCAGGGACUUCAGUUUCAAAUGGAGGAGGCAGUUCACAAUCAAUUUCACAACCAGUUAGUGCAUCUAGUGAUUGGUGGAAUGGUGCAUCACAACAAACUCCUUCACCAGCAAUAUUUGACGGAACAACAGGUGUCAACCCUCAACAAGCAACUGGGCUGAUUCAACCACCUCAACAAUAUCUUGACCCAGCAACUGGUAUUAUCUAUGUUGAUCCUAUUCAACAAGAACAAUAUUUACAACAACAGCAGCAAUUACAAUUACAACAACAACAAACUGGGUUCUUUCAACAAACGUCUCAACAACAACCACAACAAACAGGGGUGUUUCAGCAACCUCAGCAAACUGGUAUAUUUCAACAACCACAACAACAGCAGCAAACCGGUGCUUUUUACCAACAACCAUUUCAAACUGGUGGAGUUAUGCCUCAAAGAACUGGUGUUGAUAAGAAUCAACUACUUUCAUUAUAUAACACUGGUGGUCAACCACAACAACAAUCACAACAACAACAGCAAGGUUAUCAGUUUAAUAAUGGGUUCAAUGGGUAUUCAUACCAAUGA